AUGGCUGGACUCAACCCACACGUGCCUCUGCAUCUUGCUCAAGCAUCCAUAUUUACUGGCAGAGGGUUCAACCGUCCUGAAGACUAUAAUCGUUAUCUUGUCAAAUUUCAAGAUCGUCCUCUGUGCCCUUCUGUGUAUCUUGAUUUAGCCCGAUUCAAUAGGUAUGAUAUGAAUAUUCCUAGGCUAAUCAAUGUUGUCGGUGGUCUGAUCUGCCUCUCGAUCAGUGCUAUGGCUUUCGUCCUGAAGCAGUUCGAAUUUGACUUGCUGUCGUAUCUGCUUGGGUAUCCUAUCCAAGGAGCCGAAGUUGUGGAUGAAGCUGACUUUCCUACUGUAGAAUUCAAUGAGAAUGAGGCUAUGCACCUAUAUGCCAGGGAUAUAGGAGCCUACCAUCCUGCCAGAUUAGAUGCAAGGUGUCUUCCGGAUGAUCUAAAGGUGUUGCAUUUCUACAUUACUCGAGUAUUUCUUCCUCGCUCUCAUGGACUCACUCGCAUCUAUCCCAUGGAUAUGUGGAUUCUUGCCAGGGCCAAAGAGAACAGACACAUCAGCUAUCCCCAUCUUAUGAUUGGUCACAUGAUGCAGUACUGUGAUGACUAUUUCUACGACGAGCUGCCUUUUGCUCCUCAAAUCACACUACUCAUGCGCUCCUUGGAUCUUGAUAUGCGCUACAAGGUUGCUCGUGUUAAUCUCAUCGAUUCUCUUUGGGAUCAGUUCGUUCUUCGUAAGGUCAAUGCUCUUGUAGGUCUGAGUCUUGCUGAUCUGGUGGAAGGAAUACCUGAAGAAGAAGAAGCAGAGGAGGCUAUGUCUGACAUCUCAGAUUAUUUGUCCUCACCUACUUAUCCGUUUUGA